CCUGCGCGACGCUCGACCUGCAGACAGACCUCAUGGGCGCAGCGCUGUGCACGUGCGGCGGCCCGGAGGACCAGGGGCUCAACGGCCUGGGCUACGACCGGCUGGGCAGCCUCAAGGCCGGCCGCGUGGCCGCCGUCGUGGGCAAGUACGGCGCCUUCCCGCCCAAGUACCAGCACCUGCAGCACCCGGAGCACAGCUCGCUGCUGCUGAGCCGCGGCGAGACGUACGCGCUGUCCGAUGACGCGCGCGACGACGGCGCGGACGACGCGCACGGCGGCCGCCACGGCAGCGCGCAGGCGUACGCGGACGCGUUCCGCGCCAAGCUGCAGGAGCCGCCGCUGAGCCCACGCAGCAAGUUCAAUCUGCUGAGCUCGCGCCUGGCGCUGGGCAGCAGCCUCACCACCACAGAGAGCAGCGGCUCGGGCAGCAACAAUAACCAUGACGAGGACGGGGAGGGCUCGGCCUCGCCCGCCUCCAAGAGGAGGAAACAGCGGCGGCAGGCCUGGAACUCGUACUCGUUCCCGGACGAGGAGGGCGACAGCUCGCUCGACGACGACGACGAGUCCGUGACGGAGGAGGACUGGAAGCAGCGCGCCAACCCGCUCAUCACCAUCAUCGUGCCGCCGGGCCCGUGCGGACUCGUGCUGCAGGUGGAUCGCGACGACUCGGGCGCGCCCGUCGUGGACGGCUUCGUGCGUAAGUACGACGGCCGCAAGAGCACCAUCGAGAACAGCGGCCUCGUCAAGAAGGGCAGCGUGCUGUGCGCCAUCAACGACAUCGACGUGACGCGCAUGCCGCUCAAGGAGGUCAUCCGUACGCUCAACCUGUCGUCGCACCUCGAGCGGGCCUUCACGUUCCGUAACGGCUUCCAGCACCGCAACUCCAUGUGA